AGCAACCAGCCAGUCAGUCCGUAAAGAGAAACCACUGGCGAGACUUUUUUUUUAGACAGCAGCACCGGACGGGACUGUCUGUCAAUAAAAAAAACACAACAGCGAGCCGGUAAUGUGGCUCCCGCAACCGGAGUACAGCACCUAGUGAACCGGAGCACCGUGAAAGGAAACAACAGAGCUUCGGGAGCUGUCAUUUUGAACUUAACGGCUCCGCCGGCUCGUGCGCUUCAGUGACAGACUUCACGGCACGCGCCCGCCCGCUCGCUCUCUCUCUCUCUCUCGGUCGGCAGUUGAGCUAACCCCGCUAGCUUUCCGGCUAACACCCAGCAGCUUCUCGCGUCUUUUUCUCACGGGGGGAAACUACACCUGUCCGGGCUGUCAUCUUCACAGUGUCAUCGUUUUACCUCCAAACAAUGUGCUGCUCCAUUCUGAAUGACUUUUUACACCCUUGGGUGGGUUUAAAAUACACUUUUCCAGGCGAAUUCCAGUGAUAGCUCAAACGAGCUAACAAGUUGACGUGGAGGAGGAAGGAGAUUCUGCAAGCUGUGAUUUCAUACGGAUUACUUUUUUGUUAUUGCCUGCCUCGAGUUGGAACUAAAAUAACAAAAACCGUCCAGGUUACACACAAACCAGCCAGUUAGCUAUGUUUAUGUGUGGCCAGAAAGUAAUUUCCAGUGUUUACAACUUCAACAGCGGGACUCUUUCCUGGUUUGAGUGCUGCAACGGAAACAUUAGCUAACACAAACUAGCUCGGAUUAGUGUUGUGUUUGUUUACUAGAUAGAUAGAAUUGCCAAACUACAACUACUUAUCAGCUGUUGAUUCCUGCACCUUUUACCACCAGAAUACACUGCACAGGUUUUCUACGCACCUGGGGGACUUACAAAAACCUCUUGUCAGUGCAGUCACGUUGAGUUGAUCCAUUGAUCGGAUCGUUAUUGUGCUAUUUUAGCUGAUUAAAGCAGAAAAAGAAGCAGAGAUGUCGGGCCAAUCUAUCACGGAUCGGAUCGCAGCAGCUCAGCACAGCAUGACCGGGUCUGCGAUCAGCAAGGCUGUGUGCAAAGCCACCACACAUGAAGUGAGCGGACCCAAGAAGAAACACCUUGACUAUCUGAUUCACUGCACCAAUGAGAUGAACGUGAACAUUCCCCAGCUGGCUGACACGCUGUUCGAGCGCACGGCCAACUCCAGCUGGGUGGUGGUCUUCAAAGCCCUGAUCACCACCCACCACCUCAUGAUGUAUGGCAACGAGCGUUUCAUCCAGUACCUGGCCUCCAGAAACACUCUGUUCAACCUGAACAACUUCCUGGAUAAAGGAGCUCUGCAAGGUUAUGACAUGUCAACCUUCAUCAGACGAUACAGCCGUUACCUGAAUGAGAAGGCCAUGUCCUACAGACUGGUGGCUGUGGAUUUCACCAAGAUGAAGAGGGGGAUUGACGGUGUGAUGCGCACCAUGAACACAGAGAAGCUGAUCAAGACGCUGCCCAUCAUUCAGAACCAGCUGGAUGCUCUGCUGGAUUUCCAGGCCAACCCUAACGAGCUGACCAACGGAGUGAUCAACUCUGCCUUCAUGCUGCUCUUCAAAGACUCCAUCAGGCUGUUUGCUGCUUACAAUGAGGGGGUCAUCAACCUUCUGGAGAAAUACUUCGACAUGAAGAAGAACCAGUGCAAAGACGCUCUGGAUAUCUACAAGAAAUUUCUUUACAGGAUGACCAAGCUGUCUGAGUUCCUCAAAGUGGCUGAGCAAGUUGGAAUAGAUCAGGGUGACAUCCCAGAUCUCUCACAGGCCCCCAGCAGCCUCCUGGAGGCUUUGGAGCAGCAUUUGGCCUCACUGGAGGGCAAAAAGACCAAGGAAUUAAACGCAGACACCAGGGCAUCCACCCUGUCCAGCGCCGUCUCGUCCCUCUCUUCUACCGGCAUGUCGUUCACCCGCGUGGACGAGAAGGAGAAGCAGCAGGCCCUGGAGGAGGAGCAGGCCAGACUGCAGGCUCUUAAGGACCAGCGGCUUAAGGAGAUCAGCAUGCAGACUCCGCCCUCUGCCUCCCCCAGCAGCCAGUCGAUAGGCAGCGCCAACAACAACCACAUCACACCAACACCAGAGCUGUUCACCGCCGCGCUGUCCACCAACAGUGUGCCCAAUCUGAACAGUGACCUGUUUGAUCUUCAGCCGGCCUUCAUCCCCGCUGUGCAGAGCACUCCUUCAAUCUCCACCGCCAACAGUGCCUGGGGAGGAUUGGAGAGCCAGCCUCUGCAGCAGACCACCCCUGCCAUGACUGUAGAUUUCGAUGCUGUGUUUGGGAAUAAGACAACGCCAAGUAACAACGGCACACAGCCCUCAGCCGGUUUCGAUGCUCUUGGCGACCUGUUGAAGCCUACGAUUCCCACACACUCUGCGCCUCCUCCUCCUCAAAUGGCCAUCCAUCCUGGAGGAAAGCUGCUAGCCAAUGACCUCGACUCCUCUCUGGCCAACCUCGUGGGCAAUCUGCAGUUUGGUGGGACUCCAGCCAAGAAGCCAGAGAUGCAGUGGAACCAGCCUGGGGAGAAGAAGCUGACAGGGGGCCAGAAUUGGCAGAAUAAGACCAUGUCGACCACACAGUGGGGCCCCGCGCCCAUGGCCCCGCAGCCCAUGCCUGUACCACAUGUGGCUCCAGCUCCCAUGGCUUUCCCCAUGACCACACCGCAAGUGCCUGUGUAUGGAAUGGUCCCUCCCCAGAUGGGUCAGAUGGGUGGGGUACCAGUGAUGGCUCCUCAGCCAAUGAUGUACAACCAGCCUGUUCUCAGACCCACCAACCCCUUCGCACCCAUGCCCGGAGCCCAGAUGCAGUUUAUGUAAUCCAGUCAGGGGGGGAAGCAGAGUGCCAAAAGCGACAAACAAACAGAAGAAGAAGAAAACACACAAGAGGAACGAUUGGAUGGAUGGCGGAAUGAUUUGAUCAAACUAAAACGACUAAAGAGACAGACAAGAUAACCAACCAACACCAAAAACAGUGGAAAGAAGAGGAGAAGAAGACCGAAAAGAGGGGUAGAGGGUGGCGAAGAUGUCAUUCGAACUGGUCAUUGUCUGAAACAACUUCUUGCAUACAGUGGCGUGGUGUGAGUGUUGCUUUUUUCUGUUUACUAAGUGUUUUAAAAACCUAUCGAUGGAGUAACGAUUCAGAAGAGUGAAUACAGAUGAGAGAGAAAGAUAGAAGGAAAGAAAGAGAAGGAAAGAGGGGAUUGAUAAUCCUACCUCUGGUUUAGCUUGUAAGAGUUUUGCUGCAGAAUUAGCUUUAUUUCAAACUGGUGCUAUUUUGUCCCUUUUGGCUUACCGUAUGCCUACAACAGGAAAUCGGGAGCACAAACGAGGGGGCAAGUGUUUGUUAAAUGUGUGAAAGUGUGAGUGUAAUGUAUGAAAAUGCGAAGCAGUUGUUUCAGACAACCAGCCUCCCCUUCGUUUGCCACCUGCGUCCAGGAUUGUCCAAUCAACGAGAGAUUGAUUCUUCUGAGUGUGUUUCCCGUGAUUUUCCGCUCUUUUGGGAUAUCUUUGUAUUUUUAAAUCUGUUUUUCUUCUGCGGCCUCUCCUGAAUGUUAUUGGGGCUUGUACAGCAAUUUGUUAAACCAUUUGUUGACAGUAGUUGAGCGUUUCUUGUUAAGGGUUUAAGUCUUUGUUACUCAUAUUGUGUUGAUCUCUUCUCCAGAAGCUACAAAUACACACAGGGGGAAACAGGGAAAUGCUAACAAUGCGCUAGCAUAUGUUUAAAACAGCUUCAGACAAAGAUUUGGGAUGUUUUUUGUAAAAAUCUGGUCAUAAAAGAAAGCAGUAAAAAUCAUCUAUGUAUGUUGGAUUUGUAAUGCAGUGACUGCUACUAUGGCUAGCUGGUCAAUAGUCGCUGUUAAACUAGCCAGCUAAGGACAUGCUUGUGCUAGUCAGUCACAUUUCCUAUCUUUAUACUUUGCUUUUAUUGUGAGGCAUUUUCUUCCCAAGAUUGUACAUUUAAAGUGUUAUUUAAAGGCGGGAAGAAAACAGCUUUAUCUAGCUAGUGUUCUAACUAGCAUGCUAAGGAAGAUGUUCAUUAGCUUGAUUGCUAACUGGACUCAUUCAAAAACAUACUUUUUCCUACAAACUAUUUCUCUUUUAUUACACAUUUUAUACCCCCAAAGAGUAAAGUUAAAUAAAACUGGAGGGUGAAACAAAGCUAUUAAGAUAGCUUUGUCCAGUUUAAUCUUCUCUGUCCAACCAAGAGUUUAGCAUGAUCAGGACAGCUCUGCUUUGGGUCAAAGCCCAUCACAACACCAACAAAAGUUGCAUUAACAAAAACAAUUUGCUUACAUUUACUUUUCCCCAGCACAAAUAUCAAGUCUUACAAUGAAACUAGCUUACUGAACAUGGUAAACACAACCCCAUUCAAAGGGACCAGUAGAACUUGGAUUGGACAUUGUACAAGUUACUACAGAGUUAUUAAAAUGAAAGAAGAAACCUGCUUAAGCUAGCUGAGGUUCUAACACAUAAGCUUAAUGAGAUAUUUGCUAGUUUGGUCAUCAAGAGGACUAAAGCUUCACACAGUUUAUUCAAAAAGACUUUAAAUAGGUUUUCAUUCUGAAGAUGAGACUUAAAUAAAACUUGAUAGUGCAUCAAAGUUAGAAGGUUAGCUUCCAUUAUUUUGUUGAUGGCAAUAACCCAUCAUAAUGAUAACUACAGCUGGGCUUAAAUUAAAAAAAAAACUACCUUGCUUCAUUUUGCCCCAGUAGGCAUAUCAUCUGUUACAAUGAAAUAAGCUUGUUUAACCCUCUUCAACACUGGUGUGUAAAGGGUUUAAGAGGAUCCUGGACAAGCCCCCAAUUGUGGAGCCAGUUCAUGACACCAUAUGGUCAGACAUUCCUCAAAGUAGAGGUUAAAUGGGAGAUUCUUUGUCCUACUAUUGAGCCUGAUAUUUGUUGGAUUGUAAAUUUAAGUUACUUACAAUUUAUGACAAGGUGGGGAGAUAACUCCUUAGGCUAGCUACUAUUCUAACUAGCAAGCUACAUAGGAUGCCUGUUAGCUUGGUCUCUGACAGGUUCAUGCAGUUCAUGAAAAAAUUGUAGUUUACUUCAAAUUUUGAGUAGUUUACACUCGUAUAGUAAGAGCUAAAUAAAGCUGAUGGUGUAUCAAAGCUAGUAAGCCAGCUUUCACCAUUCUAAGCUUAGGUUCAGAUCCCGGACGAGCCCCCAAUUAUCAGUUGCCUCAGGCCAGUUUGGGACUGAAGUCACUUUUCCAAACUUUAUUUUAUACUUAUUUAUCUUGACAUUUUUGGCUCCAAUUCCUCAAAGCAGAGGGUGAAUGGAAGAAUUUUUUGUCAUGCUAUGGACCUUGGCAUUUUCUUCAAUUGUAAAUUUAAAUAAGCAAGGAAGCUAAGGUAGCUACUAUUCUAACAAGUAAGCUACAUAGGAUGUUUGUCUGCUUGGUUGCUCAUAGGAGAAUAGGUUAAAACAGUUCCUUCAGAAGUACUUAAUUUUAGCAGUUUAUGCUCUAAAUACAAAAGCUGGCUAAGCCUCCAUUGGGAUUUCUCUGUCCCAAAUCAUAAACAGUUGUUGGCUUUCUUUUUGUCGAAUGAUCAGGUCAUUAUAAAGAAAACAAAAGUUAACUUCCCGAGAAAAGUACGGACUAGAUCCACUUAACCCAUGCAGGCAAAUCAACUACCAGUCUACCUUUCAACACUGGUAUGGGGGAAAAUUUAGUCAAACAUAAUUUGACAUUUAGUUUCAUUGGCAUUUUUGGCUCUGAAGAGGGUUAGUAGAGGAUUUCCUGUUAAGCUACAAGCCAGCAGGGUUUUUUAUAAGUGUAAUUAGCCCGUUGGCAGCCUGUUAGCCCCUGGUUGACCCUGUGUGUAUCUGUUCUUCAUGUCCUCAUCAGCUCACCAAUCAGAUUCAGACGUCUUUGGUUUCUAAAUUAAGAGCUUUUUCAUCAGGUCUAUCCUUUUAGCAGGUCCACAUUAUGUGCCAAUGAUUGAUGACAACAGCACUGAGUGAGUGAUUAAAAAGUUACUGAAUCAAGUUGAAUUCACUUUAAAUUGCACUGAAUCAAAGAGAGUGGCUUUAAGUGCUAUCUGUCUGCACGGAGAGCCAAAUGACUCUGAACUUUUGGCAUCACCCUCGCUCCGUUGGUUACAGGUUAAUUUAGGGAUCAUAUUUGACUCAUUUAAGAGGUCAGGGCCAUUCCUCAGCCAAAGCAUCCGUCGCCAUGAGUUGACUGUUGGGAAUAUGUGUGCAUAUGCAUUUUUAUUGUGUGUUCACAUGUGCUAACACAUUCAUGUGUUUGUUUUCCAUUGAGGGCUAUUUUCUUAGGGUCAAAUUGUGUCACAUCUCGAGCCAAAUAUGAGCCAACGAGUUUGACACAAAAAAAAACGUGCUUGUUUGUUUUUGUAAAAAAUCAAAUUUUGUUGCAAAAUGCACAUGCAAAAAUUUUGCACUGAAGUGACUAUCCUGCCGUAAUCGAGCUCUGUUGCCAGUUUUUCUGGCGUGGAAAAAGUUUAGAAAGAGAUUUGAAGUUUGUAGAAAUUAUCUGAGUUUUUACAAUAAGACGUUUGUCUAAUCUACCAGCCACUGUGGCAGGUAACUAAAACUUAUUUUCCUGCCAUUCUCUAACAACUUGAAACUUUUUGUAGUCCCAACCCUGAUCCCCGUCCAGUGUCUCUAACCCAGUCAUUGAUAGCCCCACUGAAAUCUUUAGAAUCUCGCCUCUCAGCUCUGUCUAGUUGGUCUAUCUCUAGGAUGCUUUUUAGCCUGCUUCGUCACUGUUUGAUAUGUGUAGAUAUGUAAAAAAAUAGUACUACUAACCAGUUUCUGUCUAGAUUGUCUGCACUCACCCAUCACCGUCACAGUUGGAUAGAUAUUGCUCGUAGACGCUUCUUGUUGCAGUCUUGUGUUAGCCUAGCCUUUUGUCAUAGUAUCCUCCUGCAGUAGGUCCCCCGCCUCGUCCUCACCUCUGCCAGCGUCUCGUAACUAAAGCUCUAGUAUCUCUUGGUGUCUCUGUCUUUUAGCUUUAGAUGAAAUCUUUCAGAGGCUUUUGGGCUCAGGCUUCGUGGUUCGCUUUCUUCUCGCUGUUCGCAUCCCUCCAGUGUCUGGUAGAUGAGCUCCUCCACCCCCCCCCCCCAACGUCAUCGGCCAUUUUCAUGUCUCGUUAUGAUGUCAGCAGCCGAUGAACUGUCUCUGAUUGGACUGUUGAGCCUAGACGGCAAAUUAGAUAGCUUGGAAAUUCAGGUUUUUUGUUGCGUAAGGUAGACUGUUCGCAACAUAAAAAUGGAUCCAAGGAGAAUUAGCAACAUGCUAACUUCAGUGAAGACUUUUUGUAUAUGAAUACAACAUUUUAAGGGUUUUCAGAGUCCAGAGUAGUGUGCAAAUGGGCAAAGUUUUUAUGCCAAUAAAUGCCCAUGAGGAGCACAAAUUGCAAAAUCCUGGGUCCAACUCUUGGUUAUCAACUGAUGUCAGUCAAACUUUUUAAAUCUCUUUAAAUAAUCGUCUGCAUACAAGUGCAUCUAACAGUGUGGACACAAGUUAUCGUCGAGCUCUAGUUGGACUGUAAAUGGCAACCAUUGCACGAAACAGGAAGAACUGGCCUGGGAAUCUGGAAACCUUGGUAUCCAGAGACCUAAUAGAGGUUCAGAGAUUGGCUAAAUGCUAAUGCAUUUAGAUUUAAGUAGCUACCUGAUUGUUUGCUUACUCAACCGGCAACUUUGACUCAACCAGCCCUUGUUCAAUGAUAUUUUUGUACAAUUUAUCAGGCUGUAACAGCAUUGAAAAUAGCAAGAGAACCAGUUAUUGUGGUUAAGCUCUGGAAACUGAUGGUGAGGAAUCAAAUGGGUUAGCAUUGUUACUCAAGUCAAGUCAAUCUACUAAAAACCUUGACCUGGUCUGUGAUUGUAAUAGUUAUGAAUUCUCAAGGCUGUUUACACCUCUCAUUUCCAUUUCUGGGUGGUCUGAUUACAAGUGGUAAGCCUGAAGUAUUUUGCUGAUAUAUCAGCAAAUAUAUGGAUCUGCCAAUGUCUAGAAGCAUGGAAUCUGAGAGCUCAUUCAGAAAUCAGUCAUUAAACUGAUACCUGACCCUCAUCUGGUAUCUCCAACCAUGGCCACGGAAGCAAAGUUGUCUUAAAGACACAUAGAGAUCCAGCAGCUCAGACCACAUGUGGAGGUGGUCUGGUAUCCAUUCAUCCACAGUGGUUUGUCAGUGUAAACAUCCAUACGUCCUGGGCAGUAUUAAGGUUUCGACUUCCUCCUCAAUUUAGAGACAAUGCUGUCUCCCACUGGGUGUCAACGAUCGUCCAGAUCACCCUGGAUGGACGCUAACGAAAGGUGUAACCAGCCUCAGAAAGUUGUGAUGUCCUAUCAAGGGUUUUAUUGGACCCCCUUCGCCCUUGAAGUCCACCUCUGCAAGGCCUCAAACUUAAGUUUAAUUUUGGAUCCUUUCAACCUGGAGACUUGGUAGCCAUUUAAGAGGCCGGCAGUCAUUCCCUGAACAAGUCAGGUUCAGGAUUGGGUGGAACCUGGUUUGGGAAUGAGAUUUGUGGUGCUUUUCCAUUUGUGGUACCAGCUGGACUGUACUCAGUUUUGGUAUCAGUAUAUACUAUUAGUACCUUCUCAGUGUAGGCGGAGUGGUCACAGCAUGGCUGCUUGAACCUGCCAUGAUGUUCGUACAACAAUGGAGGGGGUAGAGUACCUGGUUCUUGGUCUGCUGCUUCUUGUCACAGUAAGGAGACAAGUUUCAGUCCAGAGACGGUUACAAGCAGUGAGACAAAAUAUUUUCUGAAAGUUCAGGUGCAUUUGGGAAGUCAAACAGCCAUAUAAAGCUAACGACAAGGGGUUUGAUUCCCCUAUCAGACAUCCCAAUGGUGUUUUAGUCUGACCUUACAGUGGUCGACAGUGUCUUGGUGUUACAUUUUAGUACCAGCUCAGCUCAGAACCUUGCCAGAGGUGACACCAAAAAGUAUGAAGUAUUCUCGCCAAUGGAAAAUUAACAAAAAAGUUGAUUGGAGACAAGUCGAGCCACAACCACAGAGUGGAGAAGCACCAUAUGUUAAAAAAUCAGAGAUUUACUUUGACCAACAUUUGUUCCAUAUUAGAAAGACUCAAGUACCAAGACACUAUGAAUCAAAGGUUCAGCUUUGAACCCUGGAGUCAGGGGGACACGUUGGUUGAAAGUUUUUUGAGUCCAGUAAAAAAUUUGUCGAAAAAGACCUUUUCUGUUUGAUCAACUCCCUUUAACAGCGUUGAUGUCAACAAGAGCUCUAUCUUGAUACCCAUUCCUCAGAAUCAUCCUCUCUAGGUCUUGAAACUCAUCUACCUUUUUGCUUUUGGAUCCUCAAACUAUUCCUCUAAUGGGCGCGCUGCGAUUUGGCACAAAAAUGAGCCCUAAUUAUGGCUCUUUAUUUUCGGGGACAGCUGUCUCACCAUGUCUAAUCUUGUGUGAUGAAUCGGCACUUCAGAAAGAGACGCCAUCAUCACGGGCACUGAUCCAGAAUCAGAUCAUGGUCAUCCUUGUUCUCUGAAACAAUGAAUCAUAUCAGGUCGUCGCUGCAGAUCUGAUCAUUCCUGAUGUUUGUAAUUACCUCCUCAGAAUACAAAAACGUGUCGGCUUUGGUGUGAAGGGCGGUGAAGGUGGCGCCAGGAUGCUUUUUCUUACCUGAAAUCAAACGCUGCUUUUUCUUCCUUCGGUUUCUUUUUAAAGUUUCUCUGCAUGGAAUCCCGUCCCGCCUGUUACGAGUUUUUCUUUGUCUUUAUAUCCAAAGUGAUUUCAAAAUGGUCAAAUUUUGGAUAGAGAGAGGCUGCUGUGGUUUCUGUGGCGUCCCAUAACCGUUACUGGCUGGUGUCCUCGUGUCUUUAGCAUUGAUGUAACAGCCGGUGACUAUUACAGCUUUAUUUUGUUACACUUUGUCUCCAGGGAGGGUUUAUUCGCCGAGCAUGCAGGCCUUUUUUUUUUUUUUGGCGACUCCCUUUCCCUCAAAUUCUCUUUCUCUUAUUUACAUCUGGGAAUUUCCCACUACAACCACUGUUUUUCUCCUUCUUUGGGACAAAACCUUUAAAAGCUGCUACCACUUCUCUCUGCAUUGUUGUAGCAUGGAUCUCGGUGGAGACGGAUACACGGAUUAACCUUGAUGUCAUAUUAAAAUGUUCUCUGCUAAGGCCAAGUGUAUCAAACAUUAAGAGAGAGCUCCUCUCUCUCUUUCUGGGGUCGGUGAGUGCAUGGUUGUAACGUUGUCGAUGUUCCUCGUCCUGUUUUUUCGCAUGACAGUGAUGGUGAUGAUGAAGUUAAAUUCUCUCCUCUUGUUGUUUUGAAACGUCUGGACGAGGCGAAGGCCAAACUUUUCUCCACCACCGUCCACGACAGCCGGUUCAUCCGUCUUUGGGCUGAAUCUGACAGAUGUUUGUACCGCCGAUUAAUGAGCCACUGUAGCAAAAACAGAGCGCCAAACUUUUUUUGUGUGUGUAACCUCUCCCAAAGAUGUCACAUUUGUUACAUGCAGCACAGAUUUGUCCUUCACUGUUCUGGCGCCAUCUGCUGGUGGUUUUGUGCGAUUGCAGUGAAACUCAAAGAUGAAUUUAGAGUCUAACAAACUAAAAGAGAGGCUGUUUAACGGAUAAAUCCUGUUUUGUCGGUGUGUUGAAUCAAAGAUUCUCUCGUGCACGUUCUGUUUUUUCUACAUCUUUGUGUUUUUUGGUAAGAACCCUCGGAUUGCUGCCUCACUAUUCUGUAUAUAAAGAAACUCACACCUCACACAGAGCUUAAAGACAUACUCUCAUUACCUGCAACCGCUUUAUUUUGCAUUUAUUUUUCUGAACAUGAAAGACAUAGCGUUCUUACAGCAGUAUAUAGGUAUGAUUACUCUCAGUGGGGACGGCCCAAUCAGACAGGAUGCCGAUAUCGAGGGCUGCACACCUCCCUGUACAUCAGGAUCAGCCAUCAAUGAUGCCAAAUGUACACCUUUGAAUCCGUCUCUCUUCUCUUCUCUGUCUCCUCCCCCCAAUUUCUCUUUGUACAUUUUAUUUUCUAUUUAUUUAAAGCAGAAUUAUAUGGAUUGUAUCGAGCAUGGAAAGGCAAACAAAUGUUACAGUCGUCAAACAAAUCACAGGCUUUUAUUUUACAGCAGUAUAUUUGUUUAUUCUAGGGAUCUGUUUUCUCUCUCUCUCUUUUUUUGGAAGAAAUAAAAAGUCAU